GUCAUUUUCAUUUAUGAUUUUUUUUUUAAUUCGCGAACUUGAGUUGGUGUGUAGUGUGGCUCUUCACUAUUCUUCAGACGGUCUGUGAAUAAAUUUUUUCAUGUCACGGCCAGGUCAUCGAAUCGUUUAACAAUUUUGGUACGUGGCACGUGAUUGAAUUCCAACAUCCUUCGUAGUUCAUCGAAGCUAGUUAAACCAAGCAAAAAUGCUUUCGAUAAAAGUCAUAUUUUGCCUUGUAGUCCUGCUGCCGACUGCAUGUCUGGGACUUUUAGAGGGAUUAUACUGUGGCACACAAGAUUGCUACAACGUCCUUGGUGUUACUAGAGAAUCAACAAAACAAGAAAUAGCCAAAGCCUAUCGCUCCUUGGCCCGAAAAUACCAUCCCGACUUGCAUCGUGGCGAUGAGGCGAAAAAAAUUGCCGAAGAACAAUUCAAGGCCGUUGCUACCGCCUACGAGAUUCUCAAAGAUGAUGAAUCAAGAAAUGACUACGAUUAUAUGUUGGACAAUCCCAACGAAUAUUAUGCCCAUUACUACAGAUACUAUCGCCGACGUGUAGCUCCAAAGGUCGAUGUGCGUGUUGUCAUCGUCGUCACGUUGACCAUUAUCUCGAUCAUACAAUACUACUCCGGAUGGCAACGUUAUGACUCGGCUAUUAAGUACUUUGCCACUGUUCCUAAAUACCGCAAUAGAGCUCUGGACAUGGCCAAAGAUGAAAUCAACGAGAAGCUAAAUAAGAAAGGACGCAACCGCCUGCCAAAGAGUGACCAGAAGGAAGAACUCGAGAAGAUAAUACGAAAAGUGAUAGAAGAGAAGAUGGAUGUGAAGGGCGGAUAUGCCAAACCCUCUUUUAUGGAUCUUCUAUGGAUUCAACUGUUAAUACUGCCCUAUACUAUCUUUAAAUAUGUCGUUUGGUAUGCAAAAUGGACAUGGAAAUUCACCAUCAACAAACAGCCAUAUGGAGAGGAGGAAAAGCUCUAUAUUAUACGGCGUUUUAUGAACAUGGGACAGAAUCAGUUCCUUUCACUCGAAGAUAAGCAAAUCAACGAAUACUUGGAACUCGAACUGUGGAAAAAGGAGAACUUUUUAGAAUGGAAACAAGAACAGGACGAAGAGAUGAAAAAGUCUCUGGCCGAAAAUGCAAGAUACAAGUCAUAUCGUCGCUAUAUGAAAAAGCAUGGUCCAUCAAGACUUACCUUUGAAGACUAAUUUGUAUUUAAUUAAUUAUUCUUCCAUACACACAUAACUGUAUUUCCUUUUAUAGAAGAAACAAAAAAAAAAACCUACCAAGUUAUUUAUUUCCAUUUAUAUUUAUAAAAAAAAAAUAACCAAUUUAUCUAUCCCGCAUUUUAUUAUGCUUGUUGUGUUAGCUGUUAGGACAGAACAGAACCGAAGUAAAAAGAUCAAGUUUUAUUGAUUUUCAUAACCCAACAUAUGGGAAUAAUUUAAUUUGUAUUUAAUUUCCAAUAUAAAAUCAAAACACUAAUUUUUAUGUAAAUAACAACGCAAUCUAAUAAAUAUAUGCUCAAUUUUAGUAUAAAAUCUUUUUUAAAA